UGCGUAAAUGUGACUUGUCGCUUGUCAGAUUAUCAAGAAGAAAAUAAGGAGACAAAAACACCUAAUUAAGAACUAUUCUUUAUUCAAUUUGUGAUAUUAUUUAGCACAUGGUUUUUUAAAUAGCUGAAAAUAAAUUAAUUACAAUGUCUGUUUUUAAUAAUAUAAAUAUAACAUUUUUUGUCACGAGUUUAUUAUUAUGUAUUAUAUUAUGUACUGACAAUUACGUGUGGGCCAAAGAUAAUGAAGCUGAAAGUAUUAGUAAAAUUGGCCAAGGAGUUGGUCAUAUUAUGAAUAUUUAUUACUGUUACUCUUGUGGCUACAGGAAAGUGUAUGAAGAUUAUGCAGGUAUCAUUCAGCAAAAAUACCCAGAGAUAUCUGUUAUAGGAGCUAAUUAUGAUCCUCCUGGUCUAAACAUGUACCUUUCUAGAAUGAUUGGUUUUGGAAAAAUGAUUUUGAUAAUGUGCAUAUUAAGUGGUGUCAACAUUUUUGCUUGGUUGAAUAAACCUCAACCUGCCUGGUGGAGCUGGUGUCUGGAAAACAAGUUAUAUGCAUGUAUGAUGAUGUUCUUCCUAGCAAACAUGAUCGAAGGUCAGUUAGUAUCUUCAGGUGCAUUUGAAAUAUCACUUAAUAACAUUCCACUCUGGUCAAAAUUGGAAACUGGACGAAUUCCACAGCCACCAGAGCUAUUCCAAAUAAUUGAUAAUACUUUACAGUUUUCAAAAAUGGAAAUGCCUAAUAAUAAUUUUGUUUAAUUAAUAAAUUUGAAAAUGUGGCAAACUAAAAAUUAUCCUAAGAUUUUUAAAAUAGGUAUGUUGUUUGUGUAUUUAAUAUAAAGCAUUUAUAAAAUCCUCAAAAUUUGCAUUCACAAAUUCUUAUUUGAUUUAACUGCAGACUUAUAUUGUUAUUGUAUUAUGGUACUAAGGGUGAUUGGAAAUCAAUAUCUAUUAUACUUAUUAGAAAUGAAGUAACUAUAUCUAUAUUCCCAUAAGAUGCUCCUGAACUGAGUUCAUCUAUGAAAAACAUGCAAGUUAAAGGAUGUUGCCAUACAGUAAUGUAUAAAACUGAAUGGUCAUUUGAAUAAAGCGAAUCAUUAUACAAACACAUUAACUUAUUAACAUUUUAGAGAUAAUAAAAUGAUUAUUAUUCUAUUUACAUCAAAAACGUUGAUUCUGAUCAAAUUAUUAUAUAGAUAUUGUCACUUCAUUAUUGGUUACUACAGCUAUACUUAAAAAUAAACCAAAAUUUAUUUUAUCUUAAUUAAGUAAACUAUUAGUUUGCAAUGUGUGUCAGUUUAAUAUGUUAUUAGAUAAUAAUAUUGUUAUAAUAUUAAUAAGCUUAAGACAAGCAUUUGUUUUUUUUUUCAUUAUUGUAACUCCAAGGAAGAACAUUUGCAUCAUUGUACCAUGAUUAUUAAACUAUUUUAUUAAACAAAUACAUGUAGAAUUUGUAUAAUUGAUAACACCUCAUGGGGCCAUGCUAGAAUAACAUUUAAAUACUGAGUUUUUUUUAUUUUCUAUUUUUCAGUGAUUGGGAGAAUUGCAUUUAUAAUUUAAAGACUUAUUUUUAAUUCUCACAAUUUCUUAGUGAUAAACAGCUUUACAUGAAGAGAUAUUUUUUUAUAAAAAUAAUAUUAAUCUUGGAAUGAUGCAUAAAUUGUUGAAUGUAAUAAAACCCAAUUCUUUAAGUUUAAAUAUUCUGCAGUCUCUGCAUAAGUGAGACAUAAGUUGGCCUUACCUUUGUUACCAAACAUCAAGUUUCUUAAUCAUGCUGUCUAAUAUUACAUUACCUAUUUUUAAUAUUUCUUGACACAAUAAUUACAUAUAAAAAUAGCUAAUUUAUUGAAGACUAUUCCAAAAUUCUAUUUAUUUGAAUAAAAUAACAAAAUAGUAAAAUUUUAUUAAUUGAAUGUAGAUAAUAAUGCACUAAUUUCAUAAAGCAACAUGAAGUACAGAGUUCCUAAGUCUUGAAAAAAUGUCUAUAUUUUUAACCUAACCUGAUUUUAAGAAUAAAUUAAAAAAUAUUAAUUUGAUAGUAAAUCCCAUAACAAUUUUCCGGGCCAGACACAUUAUAGUAUAGUAAAUAAAUCUUUAUAAUUUUGUUUCCAAUCACCCCAAAUAGCUUAACUAGUAAGAACUUAUGGUCAUUAUUAUGUCAUAUUCUGUUUCUAAUAAGAAAGAUUUUUUAAGCAUUUAAAAAAUUGCCACACAAUCAUUUAUUGUAUUCAAUCCGUAGUUUUAUCUUAAUAGAAGAAGAGAGAUAAGUUAAGGUAUAUAUUACAGCCUACAAAUAAUAUAGAGAAGAAUACCGAGAAAAAUCCUUUUCAUACCUUUAAAUAUCUAGUCAGAUAAUAAUGUCAAAUGAUGUACUUUUGGUUCAAAAUAAAUAAACUUAGAUAAAACAACGUCAA